AUGUCGCUGGUGUGCUUUCCAUUCAAGGAGGAGGACGUUGCCGUGGUCGUCCGCAACGUAGAGUGCGCCGCUGCUCACCCGCGAGUCUCCACCGUGCUGUGCGUCGGCUACAGCAAAGGCGAGACGUGGUGCGCCAUCGAGGCCAAGAGACCGUCCAUCGAGAGCUCCACCGGCAAGCGCAUCAUCCUCCUCCAGCAGAAGCGCAUCGGGGUGUCGCUGCGAUCCGGCAAAGGCGAUGGAAUGAACACGGCGCUGGCCUACUUUCUCGACCACACAGAGCUCAAGCGCAUCCAUUUCUACGACUCCGACAUCGUCUCCUUCUCCGCGGACUGGAUCACCAAGGCCGAGCGGCAGGCGGAUCUAGACUUCGACGUGGUCCGGCACUACUUCCCCAGAUCCAGCACCGACGCUAUGAUCACUUGGUUUGUAACGAAGAUCGGUUUUUGCCUCCUCUGGCCCAAGACGGUGCUGCCAUUCAUCGAGCAGCCACUGGGCGGAGAGCUCCUACUCACGAGAAAGGCCGCCGAGGCGCUCUACACCGAUCACCGAGUUCGCGGCCAGAGUGACUGGGGCAUCGACACUCUCUACACUUUCAUCAUGGUCCAGAAGGGUCUCCACUUGGCCGAGGUCUACAUCCCGGAGGGCAAGGUCCACGCCCUCUACUCGGGCCUUCGGGAUCUAAGGACCAUGCUGGUGGAGUGCUUCUCGGCAAUGCAGUCGCUCAAGGACGAGGCGGUGCCGCUCAACGAGGGGACUCACAGGAUGGAGUACACCCGGCCGGUGCCCGAGCUUGUGAAGCAAAAGGUUGGCUACGACGUGGAGAAGACGCUCAAGCUCUUGCGGAGCAACUGGACGCAGGGGCAGCGGGAUCUCCUCCAGAAGCACUUCGAUCCGGCGCUCGCCAAGGGGCUCCUGAAUGCCAGCGAGUGGCCGACGUGGGGCUUUGCCGACGAGGAGGCGUGGGUGGCGGCGUACCGGACGCUCUUGGUUCACUUCGAGAAAGGUGACGAGGACUGGGAGGAGCUGCUGUUUAAGAUCUGGGUGAGCAGGGUACUCAACCACACCAUGAGGCACUCGCUCCGGGGAUACGAUGCUGCUCUGGAUGCUCUGAGGAGCUUGAUCUGGGAGACGCAGCACCAGUCUGCGAUGCUGUCCAAGAGCGCUGCUGCGAAUCAUCACAUCGUCUCGGGGCAUUCAGCGUCGGAGGCUCUGCCGAGAACCGCUGGUCAGCUUCGGGAGAAACGCAUGGACGCUGCCUGUGCUGUUUGACAGUGAAAAGAAAGGAAGGUUUCAGGUGCAACACUAGAGGAGAGGAAUUCUUUACGGAUACUACUAAUGGUCUGAGAAUUGUUUUUUGUUAACUGCACUUCUGAUAGCGUUUGUGCCUAACCGUAAAAACCAUAAACAUUUCUCGUUAGGGUUUGUUUCAUUUGCAGGUAGUCAUGCACGAAUUGGGAGAGUGAGGGAUGAGAUGGUCGCAUUUCCAAGGCAGAAGAAAUGCUUAAAAAUAUUUUCUUCUAUCGCAGCUACCUUAGUAGCACCAUGGCUAUCUAGCUUUACAAAUGGGAGAGAGUGCAUCGGUAGCUGGACUGAACGAUGCCGAGGAGGCAGCGGAAAGAGAGCGGCUGUGCGGGAACGAUCAGUUUAAGUGCGGGAACUACUGCGCAGCCAUCAAGUAUUACAACAAGAGCCUCAGCCUUGAUCCCGACGUGGCUGCAACGUAUGCUAACAGGGCGCUGUGUCAUCUUAAGAUGAGGGAUUGGAAUGCUGCCAAGUCCGACUGCACCGAAGCAAUCAAAGUGGACUGUGGCUAUGCAAAGGCGUUCUAUCGGCGAGCACUGGCAUUUGAGGGCCUGGGCGAUCUCCGAGGAGCUCUGAAAGAUCUGCAGGUUAUCCUCGAUAUACUUGGUGUGGGAACACUUAUAAACGGUGGCGAUCAAGGUGCUACCUGACGACGCCGAGCUCUUGGAGAAGCUCAAGGUGAUAAAACGUAAGCUCCGGGUUGCGUUUGUCAAGGAGGUGUCAAAGGAGGAGGCGGAGAACCAGAAGAAGCUGAAGAAGCUGGAGGAGGCGUCCAAGAGUCCACAGCAGCUCCACCUCCUCCAUCGGUCGAGGCUCGAGUUUAAAAAGGGGCAUCCCUUCGAGCCAAGUGGCGAGGAUCAUAGCAAAGGCAGUGCGGUGCCACAGCGCGUGAAGAACUUUAGAUUCUCCAAAGCCGCCAGCUUGUCAAAGGCAACGAUGCUGGAAUCGCCACGGUCCUUGGUACGAACGUGAAGAAAUAGGAAUAGGAUUCUUGGGUCUGUUCUAUGUGAGACGAUUUGACGCAGGCAUCUCCUCUGUUGCCAUUUGUAACGGAGUUUUUCAUAACAUGUACACCAAAUUACACAAUGAAACUUUAUUAACCUUUUAAAUUAA